GGGCCCUCAGGCACCAGGCGUGAUGCCGGCAGCAGGCAGACUGCCAGGCACCCGCUGUGGCGCCUCCUGUCACCGUUCCGCACCCGACAGGAGCGGGUGGUGCUGGCCCGCAGCGAGAGCCUGCCCGGGGAGCAGGUACUGAAGAUCACAGUCACAGAGACCACGGUGAUCGAGGCAGAGUCCGGGGUUUGGAACUGGCGUUCCCUGGCCUACCUGGGUCUCUGGUACUUCUUCAGUUUCUGCACCCUGUUCCUUAACAAGUACAUUCUGUCACUGUUGGAGGGGGAGCCGAGCAUGCUGGGUGCUGUUCAGAUGCUCUCCACCACAGUCAUUGGCUGCCUAAAGAUGUUUGUCCCCUGCUGCCUGUACCAGCACAAGUCCAGAACCGAGUACCCUCCCAACUUCAUCAUGAUCAUGUUAUUUGUUGGACUCAUGAGGUUCACCACAGUCGUUCUGGGCUUGGUGAGCCUGAAGAAUGUGGCAGUGUCGUUUGCAGAGACAGUGAAGAGCUCAGCACCCAUCUUCACCGUCAUCAUGUCCAGACUGAUCCUCGGGGAGUACACAGGGCUCUGGGUGAACCUGUCCUUGUUCCCUGUCAUGGCCGGCCUGGCGCUCUGCACAGCCACGGAGAUCAGCUUCAACAUGCUCGGCUUCGCUGCUCUCUCCACCAACAUCAUGGACUGCAAUGUAUUCUCCAAAAAACUGCUAAGUGGAGACACAUACAAGUUCAGCCCUCCAGAGCUGCAGUUCUAUACCAGUGCAGCCGCAGUCAUCAUGCUUAUACCUGCCUGGGUGUUCCUCUUGGACAUUCCAGUGAUUGGGAAAAGCGGUCGGAGCUUCAUCUUCAGUCAAGACAUUGUCUUGCUGCUGCUUUUCGACGGCGGCCUGUUCCACCUGCAGAGUGUCACCGUUGCUCUGAUGGGACGGAUUUCACCUGUUACCUUUAG